AUGAUCACUCCGCAGCGGGCCGAGUCUAAUGCCCUGGUCUUGGCGCAGGCCGUGUUGGUGGGAAGCGUGGGCGCACCGACAGCCUACAACCUGUUUUCUGCAGGUCUGGUAAUCGACGAUUAUUUCAUCAUUGGCCAGGAGUCCACCAAGGUUCUGCCUGCUCUGGAAUCCGCUCCGCAUGAUGUGGAUACCAUCGCAAAGAAGGGACUGGACUUGGCCCGGGCCGCCUAUGACAAGCGCAAAGUGGCAGGCUCAUCUGAAAAGGAUGUCGUUAAUGCUACGACUUUUACAGUCGCUGGCGCUUCUGUAGAUUCCUCCAGGUCUGCCGUCCGCAACAACCUUGUGCCAGUGGCUUCUCCUGCUGAGAAAAGAUGUGCGUUGUCAUUGGCGUCACUUGCCGCUGCCAGACUUCCUGUGUCAUCGCGAGCUCUGAUUGAGCGUUUGGUCGGGGGAUGGAUUCAUGCCAUGAUGUUUCGUAGGCCUACUGCUGUCUGCUUUGCAAAGGUCUAUAAGUUCAUUCAUGAUCCCAUCGUUCAGGCAUCCACGGAGGAUACUGCCUUCUCCCUUUCGCGAGGUGUUGCAGACGAGCUUGUGGUCUGCAGCAUCCUGGCCCCUCUGAUGGCCACAAACUUGGUUGCUCAGCUUGAGCCUACUCUCUAUGCCUCAGACGCCUCCAUGGCGAAGGGGGCUGUGGUCUCUACGGGCCUCUCUUCUGACGAGGCCCUGCUGCUGUGGAGGACUGCCGAAAGAAAAGGAGGUUAUACGCGCUUGGACCCCGCAGCUCGUGCCCUGCUUAAAAGCGUCGGUGACCCUGACCUGGAAGAGCAGUGUUUGCAAGGGUUUCCUGUUGCUCCACAGAAAAGCCCGCCUCUGAGGUUUGACUUUGUGGAAGUCUGUGCAGGAGCUGGGAAAAUCACGCAUUACUGCAACGAAAUGGGGCUAGCCUGCUGUCCUCCUCUUGACUUGGAGCAUAGUGCUCAGUAUGACCUCCAAAGUGCUGAUGUCAUUCCGUGGCUGGUUGAGAUGAUCCGGGAGGGGCGACUGAGAAGUGUUUUCGUGUCCCCUCCGUGCACAACGUUUUCGCCAGCUGCUUUUCCUUCGCUCAGAAGCUAUGAGGAUCCGUGGGGCAAUCACUCCAUUCCCCGUGUCAGGACUGGGAACGUCUUGGCGCUCCGUGCUUUGGCUUUGGUUUUCACUGCGCGAACGUACACCCGUGCGGGUUGCGUUGAGCAGCCGCGUCGCUCAAAAAUGGCGUGGCUGAAAGUCUGGCUGCGACUCAGGGCUCUCAGCGGGAUCCUCGAGGUUUUCCUUGCUGCUUGCCAAUUUGGUUCGGUUCACAAGAAGGAGUUCAGGUUUUUAGGCUGCAACCUUGACCUCCACAGGAUAGCCAGGCCUUGUCGAGGUGGCCACGAGCAUGUCGUCAUUCAGGGUAAGUGGACCAAAGCCUCAGCCGUCUACCCUGAUGCUCUUGCUCGGGAACUUGCCAUGCUGUAUGGCGACUUCGUCACUAAAGACCGCUGCAGAGAAAGAGAGCUAGGUGUCGACUUCUCAGGUUUGGAAUCGCCCAUUAUCAAUGAGCUGCUGGCAGGGAGGCAGUGGAAACUUGAGAAGGAGUGGAGGUGGAAAAGGCAUGAGCGCAUCAAUAUGUUAGAGAUGCGUGGGCUUGUUGUACUCCUCAAGUCUCAGCCCGCUGCCGGUCCAGAUCGUAGGAUCUUGCACCUGUUUGACUCGGCCGUGGCGCUCGCUGCGUCCGUCAAAGGCAGGUCGUCCAGCUACAAGCUACGACGGCUUCUGUGCCAGAUUUGUGCACUGGCCUUGGCCUUGGGAGUCUACUUCGGUGAGGCUUUCGCCCCGACGCGUCACAACAUAGCAGACGACCCUACCCGCUCUGCUGUGGUCCGACCGGCUCUGGAGCAUUCUUUCCUGCCUCACAUCUCUAUGUCCUUGAAGCAGCAGCUUGCACAGACUCGUGUUCGAAGGUUUGCUGCUAAUUGGAUCCGCCUUGUCCUUAUCCUUGUGCAUUGCGUUCCCGCAAAAGCUGCCUUGCCAUCUGCCUCAGCCAGCAUCAUUGCCACAGACAUUUUGUCUGGACUUUGCUCAGUCACCUGUCUUUUCCCAUCAGGUGUUUUUUCUCCGCGUUGGAUUUUCAUGGACUUCCCUCUCCUUCCUGCUGCAUGGACUUUCUUUUCUUGGACUUUGGCCUGGAUUUUCCUUCUUGGUGCUGCUUGGACUGUCCUUCGGACCUGGACUCCUUUCACCGUCAAGGGUCAGGAUUGCUACCGCAGUAAAAGGGCUUCCCGCAAAGGUCCCCUCUUUCUCUUCAGGGUUGGGUUUCUUAAGUUUGGGGUCUUGCUUGUCCUUCUGAGCCAUGGCGCGUCUGCUGCUCCUUCUCUGGAAAGGUACAGACAAAAAGCUGAGGAACGAGCAUUUAUGAUGCUCUCUUCACAUCGAGCUGUUCUGCCUAAGACUGAUUUGCAUCGUAAAGCCAGGCUAGCUGAUUUCGGUAAGUGGCUGACUGCUACAGGCGCGUGUACUCUGGAAGAGCUACUCUCUGACGUCAAUGCUGAAGAGGUCAAUAAGCUGCUUGUCGACUUCGGCCAGGCCUUGUUUCGAGAAGGGCGACCUUACGGACAUUUUUCAGAGCUGAUAAAUGCAGUGGCAGCCUCGCGACCGGUCCUUCGGCGCCAACUUAUUGGCGCCUGGGACCUUGCCUACAACUGGAUGGCGGUGGAGCCGCACGUCCACCACAUGGCGCUGCCUGCUUUGGUUUUGGUCGCAAUGCUGGCAACCUGUUUGUUGUGGGGCUGGACUCGUGAAGCCGGCCUUUUCUCAUUGAUGUGGGGUGGCCUUUGCAGACCAGGCGAAGUACUUACAGCUACCCGAAAACAUUUGGUUCUCCCGCAGGACGUCAUGAAUUCUCAGCCUUUUGCUUUGCUUAGAAUUGAGGAGCCUAAGACAAGACGUCGUGCUGCUAAGCAUCAAGCUGCGAAGGUGGAUUUGCCGGACUUGAUGGAGAUCCUUGUGAUUGCCUUCGCUCAGCUGAACCCAGCUUCGCGUCUCUGGCCUUACUCUGGACAAACGUUGCGAGCCCGCUUUCGAAAGGUGUGUACUGCGCUUGGUUUGCCUGAAACCAAAAAGGCGGGUAGUCCUGCGCUGGAGCUUGGCUCGUUCCGCCCUGGAGGUGCAACAUGGUUGUUGCAGCAGUGUGAAAACCCUGAACUUGUCCGGCGUAGGGGACGAUGGUUGAGUCCCAGAGUUAUGGAAAUAUAUCUUCAAGAAGUUGAGGCCGCGACCUUUUUGGUGAACCAACAAGUCCAUGUACGUGAAAAAGUCCAACAAGUUGCUUCUGUUUUCCCAGCUCUCCUUGAGAAGGCGGUGCUCUGGAACAAGUCAAAUAUUCCUGCAGCCGCGUGGUUCUAUCUGUUUCAACACGAACGGAGAGCACAUACAACGGGAUAG